AUGGCGGCGGAGGCGGCGGGCGCUGAAGCGCUGCUGCCUGGGCAGCUGCGGCGCCUCGCCGAGGCGCAGGCGGCCCUCACUGAGCGGCGGGGGCGGGGUGGGUGGGGCCUGCCCGGGGUGCCUCCGGGGGCCUCCCCAUGGCAGUGGCCCCUGGGGUUCCCCACGCAGCAGGGGAGGCCGCAGCGCGGGGCCCUGGGGCGACCGGGCGGCACUUGGGUAGCCUGGGCCGGGUGGGGGCGGUCUCCCAGACUGGGGUCCCCAAGGCCGCCCGGCCGUGCUGGCCCUGACGCCCUGCCGCGGCUUGCCUUCCAGGAGAGCUUCGUUAGCCGGGCGGAUUACGACGCCGUGGUGAGGAGGCUGCAGGAAGAGGAGAGCGCGCACGCGAGGACCAAAGACCUGCUCACCAAGGAAUCGGAGAAGCUGGACUUUGCGCUGGGCGAAGUGGAGGUUUUGUCCCGGCAGCUCAAGAGAGAAAAACAGAUCUUUGAGAAAACGCUUGACAGCGUUAAGAGUAAAGCACUUGCAGAACUGACACAAAAAGACAAGUUAAUAAACAAAUGCAAUGAAAUAAAAAGCCACAUCGUGAAGCAGGAGGAUGUGCUGAAGGACAAGGAGAAGGAGAUCCAGGCGCUGCAGCGCUGCAUCACCCAGCAGAAGCGGAUGCUCAAGACCCAAGUGUCCGAGUUAAAGAUACAGAAGCAGCAAGAAUUGUACAUAGCUCAAGUGCUAGAAAAGAAGCAGAGGAAAGGUUUCAAGUGAUUACACAAGAAGCUCCCCUAAAUCUACACAGCUUGAGAUACACGUGCCUGCUGUUAGGACACCGGGACCUGUAGCUAACAACGCAAGGACCUUUCCCUUCGCCCAGCAGCGCUGACUGUGUUGGAACAGCCACGUGCUCCAACACGCUGUGCAGACCAGCCAGCUACAUACGCAUCCUGGAGGCACCUGUCCCCAGAGGUCUUCCCUCCAGCUGCAUCGCAUCCAGUGAGACCUGAUCUUCAGUCCCAGUGCAGUCAUUCCCCUUGCGGCUGUGAGUCCCCUGCGAGGCACUGAAAGCAGAGGUUAUUUCACCUCUGGCACUGUCCUGGACAGAGCCUGACUGGCUGCGGGGCUGAGCGUGCACCAGCGGGUCUGAGCUAGUGGUGCCUGAGUCACUCUCACAGUAAGAACGGGUUUGCCGUAAGCAACAGGGCUGUUUCUGCAUCGAGGUUCACAGCUGGGAGGGGAAAAGCCCUUCGAUCUCACAGCAGGGCUGCUUGUGCCCUGCUUUCCCUCACCACAGCAUCAAAACCAGUCUGCUGGGUGGCAAAGCCUUGCCAAAGCUGUGCCCCGUCUGCGGGGAGUGCAGGCUGCGUAGACCAACGGAGCCACUGCGAAUGAAUGGUUUUACCUUAUCCAGUGCAGCUUCUCCUUCACCAGCCCCCACAGCCUGUUUCCCUUGUACCUUCCCUGCAGUUUGCUCCCUUCCUCCACUCCCUUGCCCUCAGCGGUGGUACCGCAGAUGUGGCAUCAAUGACUCCAGCACCCCAAAUGCAGCAGGAAAGCAAACCUGGCAGUGGGUCUGCCCUCCUCAUCCCGGCUAUGCCAGAGACAGCAGAGCAGACCCCACUGCCGUGACCCCCCCAAGAGGGGGUCCCUCAGCUCCAAGCGGUGCUCGGCGCCCCAGACACCAUUUGUCCUGCCAGGAAGUGUCUGGGCUGGCUUGGCACGCGUGGCUGCCCGAGCGUUAUAAGAAAGCACGGUCUGGUCUGUGCACCAAACCCUGCCUGAGCUGGGUCAGCUGGGCCGGCUGGCAGCGAGGGGCUGGGGCAGCGAGCUGGGGGCUCGCACUGGGCUCUGCUCACCGCCAACUGCCAGGCUCUCCACUCCCGCUGCAGCCCACGUUUUUGCCUUGCUGCAGAACAGCUCAGCGGGGACAGCAGCAGGGCCUGCGCCCCCUCUCCCCCGAGCACAAAUCCCGCUGCAGGACAAGGCCAUGGCAGCGCAGGCAGCUCGGCCCGCUGCCCCGCCGAGCGCUGGCUGCACGCGUCCCGCCUGGCACCACGUCAAGGCCGGGGCGAGCGGUGACUCAGCAGGCGCCUGCUGGUGCCACGGGCCCACGAUGAGCCGGCCCCACGGGGCUGGGCCACGCCGGCGAGCCGCAGGCUGAGAGCUGGUGCACUCCGGGCUGGCAGCCCCCGUGGCAGUCCCUGCACAUGGGGGUCACUGGUAAAGCCCUUUGGCACCAGGUGAUGGCUCUGCAAGAGCCAUCGCUGAUUGCUGGGGCUGCAGAAAGCCACCGCGCCGGCGAGCGCUGGUCACCGCACCAGCAAGUGCUGCAUUGCUGCAGCAGCUCUCCUCCGCUCCCCACCGCAGCAGGAGGCCACAGAUGCUAUGGGGCAGGCACAGCGCCGAAGGGACUCGCGUUCAGCAGCAAAGGGUUAAACAGCAGGGCAGUUAUUGAGUAAAGUUUGUCAUGCCUUUC